GUACGGAGCUACCUCCUCCAAGUCAGCAAAAUAUCUACUAACAUGCGCCUUCUUCACCACGAGACCUUGACAAUAACAUCUGAACGCACGAUCUACGCGCAUGAUGAGCAUAAGCUGGCGCCUCUGGCAACAACGUUAUAUAAGAGGUCCCCGGAGGCGCACCGUUCCUUUCCCUCUCCACAACUACCCAACAAACUUUCCUCCUGGCUCUUUCAGGGGUACUUUGCUCCAAGAACAAUCAGCGCAACAUAGACAACAAAGACAAAUCUACAACAUGAGAUACAGCCUCGACAUCUUCCAGUGGGAUCUCGCCGGCUGCUGCCGCACAGAAAUCUUCCGCGACCUCGACCCAGAAGCUUUCAUCCAACACUCCGGCCUCGGCCACUUUACACUGCUGCAAGAACUCGCCGUGCCAUGGGUACAACGCAGUCCCGCAAAAUGCUACGUCGAGCUCAACUUUAAGCCCGGCGGUGCACAUCCUUGGAUGCAGCCAAACGCUUUACGCUACGUGUUUUGCGCCACCAACAAGGCCAGAAGAGGCAAGAAGAUGUUUUUGCAGUUACCGGAGGACUUUUCGCUGGCGGUGCAGGUGCAUCAGGUGUUGCUUGUGUUGCAGGUUGAAGAGUGCAUUGGACCUUUGCAUGGCCAUAUCAGACAGAUGAUCAAAGAGAGAGUGCUCUCGGUCAUUGAGGUUGAGGUGGUGUGGUCAUGCUUGAGGUAUCUCGCACCCAGGGUCUAUGAAUUCGCACUAGAGAUGCAGUGGGAGAGGGAAACCCAGAACUGGACGAUGCGGUUCAUGACCAAAGAGACAGGAGAGACUGAUGACAUGGCGACAGAUGCUGUGAACAAGACUGAUGGGCAGACAGAAGAAGUCCAGGACGUGGCAGAAUCCUCGGGCACCGAGACUGUUGUCGCCACUCCCGAAGACUCAGACAUGACCUCUGACGAUUCUUCUCCGGUCCUGACCGACGACUCUUCUGACUCUUCUCGUGACGACGAAGACGAUGAUGAUGACGACGGCUAUGAUACAGACGUCGAAGACAACACAUACGAUCUCGAAGAGCCUCAAGAAGAAAUCGAGGGAGAAGUGCGAGAAGUAGGCGACAGAACUCUCUUGACAACUAUGCCUCGUCGAAGCUUCAGCGAGCCUCUGCCUCUGCCUCUGGUGCGUCCAGUGUACGAUAUCAGCUCCGGCGCUUUUCGUGAGUGCGAAGACGAAGAACCAGAAUAUUGAGAACGGACGGAAGAUGGUGGGUGGUAGAUGGUGAGUGGAUCAAUGUACCCACUGACCACACAAACAUGCUCGAUGCAUGAUCUUGGAUAUCAAGCACCUCGAAUGCGAGGCAUGAGCACAAACCGUUGAUCCACAAUGAAAGACUUGACUCAAGAUCGAUCGAAUUGACAAUUCUGUGAGUUGAAAUUGACUAUGCCCAAACAUGAUUGAUACUACACGACGACUUGUGCCUUGACAGAACUGCAACUGACCGGUAGUAAACUUGGCCAAGCAUCGAAGGCCUUCGAAAAUAAGCAAUAAGCAUUGAAGCUCGUGAACAAAGAAUCUGUUCUUUGUGCUCGGCGAGCGCUUUGAUGAGAGGAAAAUCCGCAGAUCAUGAUCCCAUGUCAUACUCACAAUAGUCUGCGGCUGUCAAUAGAGAACCAAUUUUGCAAAUGCCAUCUUCGGCAGUCAAACCCGAAACAAGAACGACAGCCGUUGCGACUCUCCUGCGCA